GGACGCCUGGGUCCCCUGAGCGGGCAGCCCCCCCCCCCCGCACCGAAAACCCGGUGGCAGCUGCGGCCGUUGGGGCCGUUGGGCACCCAAAGGUGAUGCCAAGUGAGAGGCACUGGGGGGGGUGUGGGGGGAACCUGAGACCUCCCCGGGCCCAGGCCCCCCCGCGGCCCCCCAGGCCCAGCCCCUGCAGCUGGAGGACCCCGGCAUCGGGGUAAGAGCUGCCACCCCCCCUCCUUCACCCCCCCCCCCCCCGACUUCCUGCUCCCGUCACUUCCUGGCAUGGGGAGGGCGCAGCCAGGGGACCAAGGCAUCCAGGUCUAACACCCCCCCCCGCCUCAGUUUCCCCCAUGGGGGGGUAGAACUGGGGCAGGGGGGCCCGGGACACCCGGAUCCCCAGGGGUCACAGCAGGGGGUCCGGCCGGGCCUGACUCAGGGGCUGCUUGUGGGGAAGGAGAAGUCAGGAGGGAAAAUGAGACGGCCCCAAAAUCCCCUAAAAUCCAGGGUGGGGGCGGGGCCCGGAUGCCCGGGUCCCCCCUGGAAAGCCCCGGGGGCUGCCGGCAGCGCGGGGCAUUAGCAUGUGGCCGAGACUGGGUGGGGGGGACCCCCGUGCCGCCACCCCGCACACAUGUCCUCAUGCAUGCACACGUGUGUGCGUCCCUGCCCCGCCCUGGCAGGCCGGGACACGCCGCUCGUUAACCCGCGUCCGCCCCGCCCGGACGCCUGGGUCUCCCGCCGGGCAGGGGCGUCCUGGGGGACUCAGGCUGGGGGGUCCCGUGUGCUGAGCGCGGGUGUGCGAUGCCGGGGCGCGGGGAGGGAAGUGACUCACGUGUUGCCGACGGUGACUCAGGGACGGGGACUGGACCCAGGCGUCCGGGCGCCCGUGGGGGGACCCAGGUGUCCGGGCGCCCACAGCACGGGAGCCGACACGCAUGGGCACCACAUGAGCUCGUGUGUGCGCAUGGCCCUGACAUGACACGCGUGUGCUCUGCGCUCGCCCCAGCCCUGGUGUGGGCUGGGAUCACACGCGUGUGCACCCAGAGCUGUGCUGCGGCCUGUGUUCACACACGUGUUCACCAGGACGUGACCAGAGCCCGUGCUCACAUGCGUGUGCACGUGGACAUGUGCUGGGGCCCGUGCUCACACACGUGUGCACCGGGACGUGUGCUGGGGCCUGUGCUCACACGUGUGUGCACCAGGACACGUGCUGGGGCCUGUGCUCACACGCGUGUGCACCUGGAUACGUGCUGGGGCCUGUGCUCACACACGCGUUCACUAGGACACAACCAGAGCCUGUGCUCACACACAUAUGUUCACAGGGACAUGACCAGAGCCUGUGCUCACACGUGUUCACCUGGACACGUGCUGGGGCCUGUGCUCACACGCGUGUUCACUGGGACACAACUGGAGCCUGUGCUCACACACGCAUGUUCACAGGGAUAUGACCAGAGCCUGUGCUCACACGCGUGUUCACCAGGACAUGACCAGAGCCUGUGCUCACACGCGUGUGCACUGGGACGUGUGCUGGGGCCUGUGCUCACACGCGUGUGCACCGGGACGUGUGCUGGGACCCACGCUCACACGCGUGUGCCCCUCCCAAAGCCCGGCCCACGUGUACCUGUACCCCGUGCACACGCCGGUGCUGGGUGCCCCCCACAUGCCCCCCUACGUCUGUGCUCACGGGUGCGUGCCCCCCCCUUGCACACGCGUGUGUCCCCCCACCGUUACGCGCCCCCCCCGCUCCCCCGCAAGGCCCCGCCCCUUCCCGCACGGGGGCGUGUCCGUUCGCGGGGGGGGCGGGGGGCGUGUCCGGCGGGCGCCGCAGCCAAUGGGGCCGCGCUUCCGCCGCGGGCGGGUAUAAGGCGGGCGGGCGGCGCGGCGCGGGGACGCGGGUUCGAGUCCCGCCGCCGCUUCCGCGCCUUUCCCCGGUUGGGCCGCAUGUGCGCGCGGAUGGAGCCGCCGUUCUACCGACCCGCGCCCUUCUCGGGCGGCUUCUGCCGGCCCGAACCCGACUACGGGGCGCUGGCGGGAGCGCUGCCGCCGGGGCCCCCCCCCGAGCCCUUCCGCGGGCUCAAGCCGGCGCCCUGCCCCGACGGCGGCUUCUUCGGUAGCGGUGCCGGUACCGGCGGCUUUUUCUACCCCGGCCCCGGGGAGCGCGAGGGCUUCACCGGCAGCUUCGCGCAGGCGCUGGACGAGCUGCACCAGCCGGGGCCGCCCAACGUGGCGCUGCCGGAGCCGUCGGGGCUGGCGGCGGCGGCGGCGGCGGGGGGAGGACCCUUCCCGGGGGUCCCCGGAGCAGCACCGGAGGCGGAGGCGGCCGAGCCGGGCCCGGACUCGCCGGGAACGGCUGCAGGCGGAACGACGGCGGUUGCGGAACCGGCUGGCGGCGAGCCGGUGCCGGCGGCGGAAGCUGGAGCGGAUCGCCCGGCUGGAGCAGCGCGUCCGUGGGCUCCGCGCCCAGAACGCGGCGCUGGCGGCGACGGCGGCCGGCCUCCGCGCCCAGGUGCGGCGGCUGCGCGGCUCCGUGCGCGACCACGCCGGCUCCGGCUGCCCGCUGCCCCCCGGCGCUGCCCUCGGCUUCUAGCCACCACCCCCGGGCGGGGAACGGACCGGCCCCGCCCCGGCCGCUGCCCGGUGGAGACCCCCCGCACGGACACCCCGAUGGGGACCCCACGGACCUGGAUGGACCCGGAGGGACGGGGAGCCCCAGCGCGGACGCGGAGGUACGGGGCGCCCCGACGGGACGCUGCGUGGGACUGUGCCAGGACGAGGACCACGGCUUCGGUGGCGGGGUGGGGGGUCCUGGUGGGGACCCCCGUGGACACGGACCCCUGUCGGCUCCGGCUGCUGCUCGGUGAAGGCCACCGCUUCUCGGGGGGCACCCAGAGGGGACUACCCCCCCAGCAUGGACCUGGAGGAGCUGGGGACCCCCGAUGGAGAACCCCAAAAGGACCUGUGAGGAUGGGGGACCCCUGGACUUGCCCCCCCCCCCCCAGCAUGGACCAGCCUGAAGGGACCUGCAGGAGCGGGCACCCCUAGUUGGGCUCCCGCGGUGGGCUUGGGGGACCCCCAGGGCCCGCGGGAACGGGACCUGUGGGAUGGACCGGGUACCCCCAAACCCGGUCUGGGGGUGCCCCCCAGCUGGGCCUGGGGACCCCUCCGGGCCUGGGGGGGACCCGCAGGGUCGGGCCCCCCAAACUGGGGAUUCACCCGGGGGGGGGAUAUCCCAGGGAUGGACUCAUUUUGUGGGGGGCUGAGCCCCUGUUCUGUGCACCCCAAACGGGGGGUGUAUUGGGGGGGAACCCCCCCUGUAACGUUUACAGGCCCCGCCGGUGCCCCUGCAUCCGAGGAGGGUCGGGGGCGUUUUGUUGUCGCUGUUUAUUUUUUUUGUACGUUUGUAUUUAAUUAAUAAUAAUUGUAAUAAUGGG